AAAUAAGCAGGCUCUGGGCUGAGCAAGAAAGUUUGGGAAGGGCGUCGCGGCGUUUUCUGAACGUCCACGGCGCAGCUGAAGCGCUUAGGGACCGUCGUUGUCAUUCGUGCCUGUGCAGGUGCCCGAGCCUGCAGUGUGCACAAGCUGAUACCGAUCGUGCCUGCAGAGCGUCGUAGCGAUGCUCCGGGUUCUAUUAUGGUGCGCUGCAGUCGUCCAGAGCUUCCGUUUCGACGCGAGGCAACGCUGCACCGUGCAGCGGCAUGCUGCCGCGUCGGGUGCUUCCAACGCUGCUGACGCUGCGACGCCAGCUGCGACGCCAGCCGCCGCGCCCCACACGCGUCGCAAGCGCUACGCUGGAAGGUACCCGCGGAACUUCAGCGAGCGGUAUAAGGAACAAGCGGGCGACGAGGCGACCGUCAAGCGGGUCCUGGAGAAGGGCGGCACGCCCGCCGGCACGCAUGUCCCAAUAAUGGUAAGCGAGUGCCUCGAGCACCUAAACGCGACCGGCGCCGACGUUGCCGUUGACUGCACGCUGGGCUAUGGCGGCCAUUCUUCCGCACUGAUCGCGGCGCUGCCACCCAACGCGCGCCUGCUGUGCUUCGACCGCGACGGCGUCGAGCUCGCGAGGACAUCAAAGCGCCUGGCGCCGCUGGCCUCCGACGGCAACGUAGAACUGGAAGCGGUCCACGCGAACUACGCGCGCGUCGGCGCCGAGCUGGCGCAACGCCAUGUGAGGGCGUCCUGCCUCCUGGCGGACCUGGGCUGCUCGUCGAUGCAGAUCGACGACCCGGAGCGGGGGUUUACUUUCAAAAGGGACGGUCCAUUGGACAUGCGCAUGGGCCUGGCCGAGGCCACCGCGGCGGACUGGCUGGGCCGCGCGUCGAUCAAGGAACUGUCAGCGGCACUGCGGGAUGGCGCGGACUUCUCCCGUCGCGACGCGCGCGAGAUCGCCGUCGCAAUAUUGAAAGAAUCGGUGCCGGCGACGACGACCCUACUCGCCGACCGCGUACGCGCGGUCCGCCUCGAGGAGGAGGACUGCACCGGCGACGACGCCGUGAAGCGAGCGAUGCAAGCCCUACGGAUUGUAGUGAAUGGCGAGUUCGCUGCGCUUGAGGAACUCCUUGCUUCGUUGCCAGACAUUCUGGCGCCCGGCGGCCGCGCGGUUUUCUUGACCUUUCAUUCAGGCGAGGACCGACGCGUGAAGAAGUCCUUCAAAAAGGGCAUCGCUUCUGGAAUCUACACGGACGCUGCGCGGCGGCCCGUCCGGCCGUCGCCGCAGGAACGGAGGUCAAACUCGCGGAGCGGGUGCUGCAAACUGAGAUGGUGCGUGCGGGCUCUAGAUUCGUAGUAACGGUUGUGUGUCUUCCGAAAAAAGCGAGGGACUGGGCGGCGUACGAGAGCCCGCGG